AUGGAUAACAACCAUAAAUUGAUUAAGGAAAUCUAUACUAAUCUUUCACACCCAGCAGCAUACUCUAGUGCUCAGAAGAUUCAUCAAGUACUUAAAAACAAAGGAAUUAAAACACCAGGACUAUACAAAAUAAGAAAAUGGUUGCAAGAUCAAGACGAUUACAGCCUACAAAGACCUGUACGUCGAAAUUUUAAGAGGGUCAAGGUAAUAGUUUCAUCUUUAAACGAGCAACUAGAUAUUGACCUUUUAGACAUGCAAUCAUUAUCAAAAUAUAAUAAUAAAGUGAAAUACUUGCUCAUAGCCAUUGAUGUUUUUUCGCGGUAUGCUUAUGUAAGAACUUUAAAGGAUAAAACAGGAAAACACGUUGAGCAGAAUAUUGCUGAUAUACUCACUGAGGUCAAUCCUAAGAAAAUUAGAACUGAUGGAGGAGCUGAAUUUUCUAAUCGAUGGAUUAAACAAUUAUUUAAAAGGAAACAUAUUUAUCACCACAUAACAUUAAAUGAGGUGCAUGCUAACUAUGUUGAGCGAUUUAAUAGAACAUUCAAAACUAUGAUAUUCAAAUAUUUAAAUAGACAAAAGACAUACAAAUACAUAGAUGUCCUUCAAAGUCUAGUUGUAAGCUAUAACUCUACUCCACACCGCUCGCUGAACAAUAUGGCUCCAAAAGAUGUGAAUAAAAAUAACAGCGCAGACUUAUGGGCUUAUAUGUAUCUCAAACCAAAGAAUACAACAACUACAACUGAAAAAGACCAACAUCAGAACUCAAUCACAAACAAACGCAGACGACUUUAUAAAUAUAAAAUUGGUCAGCUUGUUCGUAUCUCACAUCAGAGGAAAGUUUUUACUCGCGCCUACAAUGAACAGUGGUCUUAUGAAGUAUUUAAAAUAACCAGAAGAUUUCAAAUGCAGGGUUUGCCGCUAUAUCGACUUUCGGAUCUUUUAAAUUUUAAAAUCGGUGGCAGCUUUUAUCAAAGUGAAUUACAGACAGUAAACAAGAAUGAGGACGCUGUUUGGGAGAUCGAAAAAGUUUUACGGAAGCGAAAACACAAUAGACGAAUGCAAUUGUUUGUGAAGUGGCUAGGAUAUCCAAAUCGUUUUAAUUCUUGGAUUGAUGAGUCUGACAUGCAAAAAUAA